AUGGCCUCCCUCCGCUCAACCUCCCGCCUCUUCGCGGCCAGCAGACCAGCUUUCCGCUCUGCAAUGCCCGUACGCGCAUUUGCCUCGCAUGCGACGACAGGAGCUGCGCCCGCCAGCAAGACUUCCCAGACUGUGGAGACCUCCAGUGAUCCUGCGGCGAAGACAAAGACCUUCCACAUCUACCGCUGGAAUCCCGAUGAGCCGACUUCGAAGCCUCGUAUGCAGAGCUACACCCUGGAUCUGAACAAGACGGGCCCCAUGAUGUUGGACGCGUUGAUCCGCAUCAAGAACGAGGUUGAUCCCACGUUGACCUUUAGACGGAGUUGCCGAGAGGGUAUUUGCGGAAGCUGCGCCAUGAAUAUUGACGGUGUCAACACGCUUGCUUGCUUGUGCCGCAUUCCUACAGACACCAAGAAAGAAUCCAAGAUUUACCCGCUCCCCCACACCUACGUCGUGAAGGACAUUGUCCCCGAUCUUACCCUCUUCUACAAGCAAUACAAGUCCAUCAAGCCAUACCUCCAGCACUCCGGCCCCGGCCCCAAUAACAAGGAAUACCUGCAGUCCAAAGAGGACCGCAAGAAGCUCGACGGUCUCUACGAGUGCAUUCUCUGCGCCUGCUGCUCGACUUCUUGCCCUUCGUAUUGGUGGAACUCGGAGGAGUACCUUGGCCCGGCUGUCCUGAUGCAGAGCUACAGAUGGUUAGCGGAUUCGCGUGACCAGAAGAAAGAGGAACGCAAGGCGGCCUUGGACAACAGUAUGAGCGUGUACCGAUGCCAUACCAUUCUUAACUGCUCGAGGACGUGCCCUAAGGGUCUAAACCCAGGGAUGGCGAUUGCGGAAAUUAAGAAGGAGUUGGCUUUCUGA